CGAAUCUGUUUCGCCCUUUCUUUCCUCUGAAGAAGGGCACUGCAACCUGUCGAGUGAGUCACUUGAAAGUGGUGGCAGUGAAGGCUAGGUGAUGAGCGCGGCUGUAUAUUGAAAGGAGGAAGCAUUGGCGACGAUCUGCUAUAAGGAGGACGACGGCGUGAACUAGUCAGUGAGAAUAGUUACUAGGAGAGCAAUGGAUCAGAACAACGCCGGAGGCAAUAACGGGAACCAAGGACCGGGACAGUGGAACGGCCUGACGCAAGGUUGGAAUGGAGGAGGAGGAGGCGGAGGAAACGGAGGAAACUGGGGACCACCACCAGGAUGGGGGAACAAUGGCGGAUACCCGGGUGGGGGAGGGAAUGGCGGGGGCGGAGGCUGGGCUUCCGGACCCCCGGGGGGAAAAAAAAACUGGGGAUGGAAUAACGGAGGAUGGAACUCGGGGCAAGGAGGUAAUGGUGGCUGGAAUGGAGGACGAUGGGGGAAUGGCCAAAGGAGGCCAGUGAGAUGUUUUAACUGCGGCCAGUUUGGUCAUUAUGCUCGGGACUGCCCGAUGCCUAGGCAGGGAGGAGGGAACUUCUACCAAGGAGGAGGAGGAGGAGGAGGAGGAGGAGGAGGAGGGGGAGGGGGAGGAAGCUUCGGUAUGGGGAAUGUACCCGGAAGCGGUCAUUCGAACGAUGGAGUGCCUACCGCGUCAGGAACAGAAGCGGCUGUACCGACGGUUGCUCUCAGCAAGGAAUUGGAAGAAUCCUUCGGAGCCAUGGCGAACUUCUUUAAGUUAUCGCUGGAAGAGAAAAACAAGGCUGAAGCAGCAAAGAAGGAAGAGGAGGAACGGAAGAAAGAAGAAGAAGCGCGCCGGAAACGUAUGCAGUUGGAAAGGAUCCAAAAAGAGGAUGCGAAACGAAUCGAGUUAGAGAAGAAGCAGGACGAAGCUAAAAAGGAAGCGGAUCAAUUGUGGGACAUUCGAAAGAUGUUCAGCGAACAAAGAGUAUUCCUACGAAAAGAGGUUAAGAAGGCGGUCAACGAGGAGAUCAUAGAUAUGGUAAAAACAGGAGGAAAGAAACUUAUGGAGGAUAAUGUUGAGGAAGAAUGGGAGGAAUGGCCGGGCGAAGAGGACAAAGAGCACAAUGUUGAAGAGGAAGAGUGUAUGAACAGGAGAAGGAAGCGUGCCCCGACUCAACAAGGAGGUACGGAGUCUAGCCCUCCCGUUGAGACACCUCCCAAGUCGGCCAGAGGCAGCACGUCCAGGCAGCCCGUGUUUAUGGCGGUAUCUUCAGUUGAGCCAGAAAGAAAACCGAGGGGCGGACCAAAGAAAAAGGAGACGCAGUCUCUGAUCCAGGAUCCGUGGACAGGAGCCCCGAUUCAGCGGACUUUAACAACAAGGCGCUUGAGGGUGGUAUGGAAACGUAAUCCUACCGUCGGUCAAGCUCUGCAGAACCACAGAACUGCUGCGCGGAAUGUGGUAGGAGUUUGCCCUUGUGAUGACUCGAACCUUUCGAAGCUGGAAGGACAUGUGACCUGCAAACUAAGCUCCGUUGCUGUGGCCCCGGCUACUUUGAUUAACGCUAAGAAUGUAUUUAAGAGAGAAGGGCUGGGAUUGGUUAAGGGGGUUACUAAGGAGAUUAACGACAGUUUUCUGCUGUAUGGACUGACUCGAUGGGUUACGCCAAUGGAGAUUGAGGGGGUGUUGACGGACCCGGGGAAAGGGGAGAAGAACCGAACGACCUUUGGUAGUGUUGAGUUAUGGAAGAAGAUCUUGGUUAAUUAUGUGCGUGUCCCCCUGGAUAAGAACCCAACAGAAACACUGAUUAUGUGUCCAAAUAGGUACGCCGAAGGAAUGAGGGAUCUCUUAUGGGGAAAGGAGAGUUUCGAAGCAGUUGUGGAGAAAGAGAGAGUAGUCUUGGAGCUGUGUAGGAAGGAGUAUAACAAGCAAGGAUUUGGGAGUCUGGGGAAAUGGGACAGGAAAGGGACGUUGGGUAAUGCCUAUGUUGUGCCAAAGAAUAAAGAUUUUAAGAGGUUUCGUCCAAUCACACCUACCUUCUCUUAACCGUCGAAGUAGGCAAGUGGUAGGGUAGCUAGAGCAUUGAACGCGCUGUUGCUGCUUCUAGCACCGUCAAGUCACUUUAACUU